AUGCCGGUCGAACGCUCUCCAACGCAAGGCCGCUCACCUGUGAUCCAGACUCAUAGUCAGGGUCCUGCGGAGGACGUCGAAGUCCCUCCCGCAACAUGCCCAAGGCGUUCAGGGACCACUUCCAUCGAACCGGAAGCCCCUAACUUGGCCACGAUGGCCUCUGAAGUGGCAGCGUUAAAAGAAGACAUGGCCCGCUCGACUGCUGCAAUGCAGUUGGCAACUCAAAAUCUUAUGGAACAGCUUCAUAGGCUUUCCAAACGUCAGACAGCGGCGGAUGAGCACCUCACACGAGCCUUAGAAGCCCUAGCGCAUCGCCCGCUGCCUGAACUACCUCUCAUAGCACGAGCUACAAGAGAAUGGUCCGCAACCCCAUGGGAAACAUCAGACACACCAAGGGAGCAUACCGAACCAAGUUUUUCAGGUCCGGUGCCUCCAAUCCAAGUGCCAGCGGCCCCGUGGGCCAGCGACACCAAGGUCGAUUCCUUGAAAGCAAAGGAUGUACCCGAGUUUACGGGCAAAAGAAACCAAGACGUUGAAGAAUGGCUCAACAAAGUCCAACUUCUUCAAAACAUUAGCGCAACGUCAGAUGCCAGGAUGGUACAGCUCCUACCAGCCAUGAUAGCUGAGAAAACCCCUGCCGAUGCUUGGUUUUACACUCUGGAAGCCCAGGAAACUCGCUCAUGGACCUGGAAAAGGUGGAAAGAAGAACUGCUUCGAGAGUUCCGAGAUCCCCUAACUGAGUCCAAGCGCAAAACCGAAUAUGUGCGCUGCCACGCAAACCCCAAAGAAUUUUGCAGCUUUCUCACAUUCAUUGACCACAAAACUCAUCUCUGGCGCCUCGCAUACGGUGACCGGGCAAACAUAGAAUGUCCCGCUGACCAGCAUUUCGACCUAAUAGUUGAACAAUUGCCCAGCGACAUCCAAAUCAUGGUCAAAUCCUGUAACGUCACGAACCUGACCAAAUUAAAAGACUUCCUGCGCCUUUAUUUCGGCUCUGAUGACACCAGAAAACGAGACCCUUGCUACAGCGGUGCUGCUGAAGCUCAGAAGAAGUCACAAAAGACCGGAACUGACAAAGGCCCUAAGCAGACGGCUCAACAUAAAACCAGAAACCCCAAAAAGGGUCGCAACGGUCCUCAGAAGAUGGUUCCGGACCCCAACAAGGAACCACCAGCACCCUGCAAAUUCUAUGGAAAGAAAGGACCAUAUGGAGCACCCACGCCCGCAGGUUGGAAACCCAAACAGGAGUCCAAGAAGUCUUACAUAGUGGAGCUGGACUUGACGUCUGCUACCACCGAGACUCUUUUUUCGGCUUCGGAACUGGAAAGGACAGCCGCCGCUAAUCAAGGAUUCCACACCAUCGGAUUCUUUCAUUCACCCAAGCACUCGGAAUCAACAAUUUUGAUGACUGCACCUCUUUCCGAGGUCACGGAGACUAAGGAAGAGGACCCCCGCACGCCCACGCAGGGCUGGGACCAAGUCUGGGACAACAUAGCCAUCAUCUGGGGCACCCCGCAAGUGGCUCUGAUGAUGGGCAACAACCCCCGCGCGCUCAGCUUCUUUGCCAAAGAACCGAAGCGAGGCGCCGGGCACCUCGGGAAUGACCCCUACGCAGUCGUGUGGAGUUCCCACCACCUCUACAUUGCUGCCGCAGCCAAAGCUGACAAGGAUCGAAUCCUGCGAAAAGUCCGAGAAGACGGUACCCCUCGUUUGAUCCUCCUUGCCUGGAUAAGGCUCGACGAGCAUGAGAAAUUCUUGAUGUGGAGCUCCGAAGAUCCUGUUAUCUUUGAUUCUUACGCCAACCUGCAACUGGUGGCAUUUGUAACGGAUUUUUUGUUGGUAGACUACAGUAAAGACAACUUGGGUCUCCUAGCAGGUUGUGUGGGUGUCCGUACUAGGAAUCGUAGUCUCCAAAUCCUUUCUUUGGGCGUCGGUAGCGACUUGAGGGCGAGAGGCAAGGAGAGUCGGUUAGUUGUGAACCGAGCAGGAUUUAGAGGCUUCGGUACGGGUGAUCAGGCCGUUGAAGCGCUCUGUUAG